AAAUUUGAUUAGUUUAUAUUUUUGUAUCUUUUUUGUUUUCAUUAAUUUCUGUUAAAAUAUUUUAGAUUAAUUAUUAUAAACGAGUUUGAUAAAUGAGUAUUCAUUUAAAUUAUCCAAAUAUUUAUAUAAAUAGGUACUUAACGGGUAGGGAACCUGCUACCUAUUUUUAAAUAUUUAUAAAAUAUAUCUAAUAACUAUUUAAUUUAAACAGGUUUUAAAUGAUUCAUGUAGUAUGUAGGUAUUUUUAUUCGAAUUUGGGAUGAGUUUGGAUAAUAAAUACAAUUUCUUAAACGGAUUUGGGACGGGUUUGAAUACGCAUCCUUUAAUCGGGUUCGGGAACCUUAAAUGGAUGUUUCCCCUCAGUCCAUCCAAGCAACAAAAGUGUAACCUUGACGAGAGAAGGCUGUAGUUCCGUUCGUUUAGUAAGUCUUGAUGCAAUGGCUUUUCUAUUUAACAAAUUUCAAGAGGCUGUGAAAACUCUUGCAAAGAGUCCUACAUUUGCCAGAUUUACCAGAGAGCCAAGGCAGCUGCAGUUUGCAAUAGACAUAAACCGUCUUUUCCUAUAUACCAGCUACAAUCGUUUGGGGAGGAAUGCUGAAGAUGCAGAUGUAGAAGAGAUCAUUGAGAUGGCUAGUACAUCUUCUGUUACUGAUCAGCAGAAUCAAGUCCAAGAAAACAUUCAUUCUCAAAUUGAAAGCUUCUGCACAUCUAUGGAUGAAAUUUUGCUUCCUGAUAUGAUGAAAAGAAAUGAGCUAGGUGAAGCACUGGCACAAUUAGAUCCUGUUCCUCGCCGAAGUGGCCUUAGUCUCGCUGUUGGGAAGAGUACUCCAUCUACUGGCUGUCCUGCUAUAACUGAGACAAGGCCAUUGAAGAGUGGAGAAGUUUCAUCCAGAUUGAAGGGUCUCAUUGGCUACACACUUAAUUUAAAACCAUCUCAGAUACCCCACAAGGAAGCAGGACAAGGCUUAUUCAUAGAUGGUGAAGCUGAUGUUGGCUCUGUUAUUGCAUUCUACCCUGGGGUGAUAUACGCACCAGCUUAUUAUCGAUAUAUCCCUGGAUACCCCAGAGUUGAUGCCUGUAACCCGUACUUGAUCACAAGGUAUGAUGGUACAGUGAUCAAUGCUCAGCCUUGGGGUUUUGGUGGCGAAACCCGUGAAGCCUGGAACGGAUUACUUGUGCCAGAUGUUAGGCAUAGUGUCCAAAUUAGAGAGAAAGGUGUGGAUCGAUGGUGGAAAAUGCUCAGUAAGCCUUUAGAAGGGACAGAAUUUGGUUCUGCUGCUGAGGUCCUGGAGCAAAGAAACCCAUUAGCUUUGGCUCACUUUGCCAAUCACCCAGCCAAGGAUAUAGCUCCAAAUGUCAUGAUUUGUCCUUAUGAUUUCCCAUUGACUGAGAAGAACAUGAGAACCUAUAUACCAAAUAUAAUAUUUGGCAACUCUGAAGAAGUGAAUAUGAGAAGAUUUGGCAGCUUUUGGUUUCGAUCUAAGGCAAAAGGUAGUGGGUCUGGCAUUCCCAUUUUGAAGGCUCUUGUCCUGGUGGCUACUAGGGCACUAAGUAAUGAAGAAGUAUUGUUGAACUACAGAUUGAGCCACUCAAAGCGACGGCCAGAGUGGUAUACUCCCGUGGAUGAAGAGGAAGAUCGAAGAAGAUGGAGCUAACAAUUUAAUGUCGGGUAUGAAAAGUAUAUUCUAGGACGGCAGUUAGUCCUGCUUCAGCUUCCUUUUGUUGCAUUAACGACAUUCAUUAAAGAGACGACUCCAAUACUUUUUGCUUCUCAAUCUCUUUUAACAGGUAGUUCUAGAUUGGACCGAUUACUGGAUUGUACAUUACAAGUAUUAAGACUAGAUUAUCUUUUCAGAUUUGGACAGCUAGAGUUUUGAGCAACAGUUUUGCUUUCUUCUAUUCCCUUCUUUCCAAAAAGAAAAUAAUAAGCAGACUUGUUGAUUUCAUGUAUCUUUUAGUAACCAUACUGAAGGCAGUACGAAUUUCUACUGUUGGUGUUGUGAAAUUAGUAUUUUGAUGCA